GAGAGACCGCACAUCGGCGGUCUUCUCCUUUUCUCUGAUACGUAACGUUCAAACUUGGGAAUAUAUUUCUGUUCAUUUUCUUCUCCCCAAAACCCAUUUCCCUUUUUCCCUCUCUCUAACUGCCUCCUAUCUUCUCUCUCUCUCUGCAACUCUCUCCGCCCAGAUGCUUCCCAAAUCCACCGGAAUCCUCUGGCUCGACGGCGACCAUGACGACGCCGCUUCCUGGACCAGAGCCACUGACGACCACUACGACGAUAUCGCCAUUGCCGGCUCCAUUUCUUCCUUCAAAUCCAUGCUCGAACCUGACUGUUUCAUUAACUCUUCUUCUGCUCCUCUCAACUCCUCUCUCCAUCGUUUCAAUCCCACAGAUAACUUCCUCUCUUCCUGCUCUCCCUCCCAACCUUUUGCUCUCGAUCCUUCCCAGUCUAUGUUGCCUUCUCACAAAUCCUGUUUCUCUUCUCUUCUUAAUGUUGUUUGCGGCAGUAAUUUCGAUAAUGCCUAUGAUUUUGGAGCCGAUACUGCUCUGUUUGGAUCUUACCAGGGUAAUCAAGCUUCCAAUUCCUCCGUUUUCAUGGGAUUCACUGGCAUUUCUCCUCUUCCUCAAAUCGGUAACCAGGCGCUUAGCUUAAAUCAUUCCGAGUUUCCGGUUGCUGAUAACCCUCCCGCUUUCGGCGAUGGAUUUAAUCCGGCGGCUGCGUUUGAGAGCUUCGAUGGCUGCGGGAAUGCUCUGUUUCAGAAUAGGCCUAAGGUUUUGAGACCUCUUGAAGUGCUACCGCAAGUCGGUGCUCAGCCGACGCUGUUUCAGAAGCGAGCGGCGCACCGAGUUGUCUCUCCCGGAGCUGAUAAACUUGAGAAUCUGGAGGUUUCGGGUUUGAAAUUUGGAGAAGGCUCAACGUGGACGGCGGAUUUGGAGAAUCUGAGUAAGAACAACGGCGAUGAGGACGGUGAGGAUGGUAGCGUGGAUGUUUCUCGGUUUAAUUACGACUCCGAUGAAGGCAAUGAGUAUAACAAGCAAGAGGACAAUGUUAAUGCUAAAAACUGCGGAAGCAAUUCCAAUGCCAACAGCACUGUAACCGGCGGUGACCAGAAAGGGAAGAAGAAGGGGAUGCCGGCGAAGAAUCUCAUGGCGGAGCGGCGGCGGAGAAAGAAGCUGAAUGAUAGACUUUACAUGCUUAGGUCCGUCGUACCCAAAAUAAGCAAGAUGGAUAGAGCUUCAAUCCUUGGAGACGCCAUAGACUACUUGAAGGAGCUUCUUCAAAGGAUAAAUGAUCUCCAUAAUGAACUUGAAUCGACUCCUUCUGGUUCUUUGCUGCAACCUUCUGCAAGCUUUCACCCUUUGACGCCAACGCUGCCAACUCUUCCCUGUCGUGUCAAGGAAGAGCUGUGUCCGAGCUCCUUGUGCAGCCCCAAAAAUCAGCCUGCCAGGGUCGAAGUCCGGGUCAGAGAAGGCAGAGCUGUCAAUAUUCACAUGUUUUGUUCUUGCAAGCCGGGUCUCUUGCUAUCCACCAUGAGGGCUCUGGAUAGCCUCGGCUUGGAUAUCCAACAAGCUGUAAUCAGCUGUUUCAAUGGAUUUGCUUUGGACGUGUUUCGAGCUGAGCAAUCCAAGGAAGGUCAGGAGAUCUUACCUGAGCAAAUAAAAGCAGUGCUGUUGGAAUCAGCUGGCUUACAUGGUGUUAUUUAAGUGAAGCUGUUAUCAAAUGCAGCCCUUCAUUGAUGGAUGGAACAAUUCAUCGACAAACUCUGUAAAUCCGACGACAUUCAGCUUCGUCUUAUUCUCGAAGGCGUGCUCGUGAACAUCAUCGACAAGUAGGUGGCCUAAUAUCUCUUGUGGUUUUAGUUCUUUUUCUUACCAAUCUAGCUUUCAGAACAUACUGCAAGAUCAACCUCAAGUGUUUGGUUUCACUUCAUUUGGUUGAGUUCUUUUUGCAAUAAGAUUUUCUUCUGAAAUGUAGUUUCCUUCUG